GCGGCGCGUGCGCACAGGCCGCCGCGGGAAGUUUGAACUGACAGGCGGUGACAGGCGGGCAUGGGCGCCGCGGAGCUGGCCUGGCGGCUGCGGGCGGCGCUGCGGGAGGGGGAGCCGCGGGCCGUGGAGGAGCUGCUGCGCCGCGGCGCGGACCCCAACCUGGUGCUGGCGGACGGCGCAGCGGCGGUGCACCUGGCGGCGGGCGCCCGGCGGCCCUGCGCUCUGCGCUGCCUCCAGGCUCUGCUGCGGGGAGGCGGGGACCCCAACGCUCGGUCGGCCGAGGCGCUGACCCCGCUGCAUGUGGCCGCCGCCUGGGGCUGCAGCCGCAGCCUGGAGCUGCUGCUGAGCCAGGGAGCCGACCCCCGGCUGCUGGACCAGGAUGGACUCCGGCCACUGGACCUGGCAGAACAACAGGGGCACCGGGACUGUGUGCGCGUCCUGCGGGAGCUCCCGAAGCUGGCGAGGACCCCUCCCUGGACCCCGUCAGAGACCCAGGAGCCGGAGCCUGGGCCCAGCGGCUCAGCCCUCCAGGGAAAGGGCCUGGAUGCCAGCGCCUCUGGACCUCCCAGUGAGACACUGGACUGCACAGGACUGGGCAGAAGCGACAGCGGCCACACGGACCCGAAGGCUAGCCCUGGACCCUCCCGCCCCCUUGCCUGCCCUGAAGCUGCUGACGGGGAUGGCAGCUUGGAGUCCUCCCCAGGGUGCUGGGACUGCAGCUCAGACGCCUCCUUUGUCACGGCUGUCGAGGCUUCUGGAGCCCAGGACCCAGCCCCCCGGACGUACCCCUGGGCUGGACCAUCGCCCAGGCAGCAACUCCUGCCUCAGGUCCGACCGUCCCAGAGGGCGCUGGAGUCUCCGGACACCCCCCCGCCGGAACAUGGAGCCAUCGUGACGGGCAAGGAGGCCCAACUAAAGGCCCUUCUGCAGGCCCUGACUCUGACCUCCCCCUGCCCCUCGUCCCUCCCAGACAGGAGCCCGGCCCACAGCCCCCCUCCGAACCCGGAACCACUGCCUGGACCCCUGGACUUCCACUUCCUAAGGGAUGACCAGUCGUCCUUUGACGGCGAGCGUGGCGCCCCCUGGCUGACAGAGGACGAGGCGCAGUCCGCAGGUGGCGGGGACCCAGCCCCCUCUCCCGGGUGUCCUCCCGGCUUGUCCGACCUGGAGCUGCUGCACAGGCUCCGGGCCCUGGGGGAGAGCCCGGGCCCCGUCACGCCCUUCACCCGCCCGCGUUACCUCCGACGACUCCAAGAAGCCCAGGCCGCUCUGGGCCCAGGCUUUCCGGGGCGCAGCCCAGAGCUGACCGAGGCCCUGAGGACAGGCCGGAUCCCAGACGCCCAGGCGGAUGAGGAGGCACUGGCCCGGCAAUUCGAGCAGCCGGACCCCAGCAGGAGGUGGCGGGAGGGGGUCGCGAAGUCCAGUUUCACGUACCUGCUGCUGGACCCCAGGGAGACUCGGAACCUGCCAGCACGAGCCUCCUCGCUAACUCCAGCCGAAUGCCUUCGGACUUUCGUCCACGCCAUCUUCUACGUGGGCAAGGGGACCCGGGCCCGGCCAAAUGUGCACCUCUGGGAGGCCCUUGGCCACCGCGGGAGGCCAGGAAAACAGGCCUGUCCCAAAGUGCGCCGGAUCUUGGACAUCUGGGCCAGUGGCCGUGGUGUUGUGUCCCUGCAUUGCUUCCAGCAUGUGGUCGCUGUGGAGGCUUACACUCGAGAGGCCUGUCUUGUGGAUGCUCUAGGGAUCCGGACACUGACCAACCAGAAACAAGGACACUGCUACGGAGUGGUGGCGAGCUGGCCGCCCGCCCGCCGCCGGCGCCUGGGCGUGCACCUGCUGCAUCGCGCCCUCCUCGUCUUCCUGGCUGAGGGUGAGCGAGAGCUGCGACCUCAAGACAUCCAGGCCUGCGGCUGAGCUCCGGAGGCUGCCCUCCGGGCUGGGCGGAGGUCAGGGCGUCGGACGGCCCGGCUGUGCUGUGCCCAGAGCAGCCCUCCCUCUGGGGUCCCAGAGGCUGGUGGGGUGAGGAGCCGGGAGGAUCUCCCCGGCAAGCUCAGGGAGGACGCUGUCCCAGACGGAACUGCUAGAGAGGUCGUGAACUCCCCAUCGUGGGAGGAGGACAGGUGGCCCAGAAGGUUCUUUGGAACAUCUCGUACUUUGUUUUGUUUUUUAAAUAUAUUUUAUCGACGUUUUUAAAGAGAGGAAGGGAGAGGGAUAGAGAGCUAGAAACAUCGAUCAGCUGCCUCCUGCACAC